GAUUGAAAUAUUUCCGUUCUUCGACUUCCGUCGGACCUCUUCACGAUUCUAUCUCCUCCUAACAAUGAUUUCUCUUUCAUAGACAUGAUAAUCGCAUGUUCCAAUAAAAACCCAAUUCAAUUCGACCCUCAAAUUUUCAAACAGCUUUUAGAAAAAUCUCAUCUUGAAGAACCCUUGUUUAUGAACGCUUAAAAUCUACCAUCUUGUUUACCCUCAAAAUUGUGUUGAAUUGUUUAUAUUUUACCUUUUUUCCUUUCCGAUGGCUGCUGCUGCCGCGCUCAGAUCCAAACCUCCCGUCGAAAUAGCCUCUUUAACGGUCUCACAGUUCAGGCACUUCCUAUCUAAUUUCAUGCACUAUGGUCGCGUGGCUAGUUCCUCUCACUGUACCACCAACCGUACCAAAUGGGACAACCACUCGGUCAACACUCCUUAUUACUUCACUUCUUUCAAGCCCGUCUCGCUGAGCGGGGAACUCGUCGACAAGGGCUCCCAGUUAUUGGAUAUUAGGAGGAAUUCCCGCGGUACGAAUAAGGAUUUCGACAAAGAAUUGAGAGAUAAAUUGAGUUAUAACAAUUGUACGGUUUUGAGUUCUUACGGGGACCCACCGGAGGUUUGGCAGCCACCUGGGGAUGGGGUUGCUAUUCGGGUUAGUGGGGUGAAUUUGGGCCGUGGCGGCGGUGGAGGAGGAGGAGGACCUAGCCCGGGCUCUGGAGGUGAUUUUGGCGCGGGUUCAAAGGAUGAUUGUUGGGGAGGAUCUAGUUUGGGGCAUAAUUUUCCGACUCCCAAGGAGAUUUGUAAAGGAUUGGAUAAGUUUGUGAUUGGGCAGGAGAGGGCAAAAAAGGUUCUAUCUGUGGCAGUUUACAACCACUAUAUGCGAAUCUACCAUGAGUCGAUGCAGAAACGGCCUGCAGGAGAUUCAGGUUGCAAUAUAGCAGAUGUAUUAGAUGAUGAUAUAGUGGAACUGGAGAAAAGUAACAUUCUUUUAAUGGGGCCAACAGGGUCAGGGAAAACAUUACUUGCCAAAACCUUGGCUCGCUUUGUGAAUGUUCCUUUUGUUAUUGCAGAUGCAACUUCCUUGACUCAGGCAGGAUAUGUAGGUGAAGAUGUUGAAUCUAUAUUAUACAAGCUCCUUGUGGUCGCUGACUAUAAUGUUGCAGCUGCACAGCAGGGCAUUGUUUACAUUGACGAAGUUGAUAAGAUUACCAAAAAGGCCGAGAGCCUUAACAUUAGCAGGGAUGUGUCAGGGGAGGGUGUUCAGCAGGCAUUAUUGAAGAUGCUGGAAGGAACAAUUGUUAAUGUUCCUGAGAAGGGAGCUAGAAAGCAUCCCAGAGGUGAAAAUAUUCAGAUUGACACAAAAAAUAUACUCUUCAUAUGUGGGGGUGCCUUUAUUGACAUAGAGAAAACAAUCUCUGAAAGACGCCAAGAUUCUUCUAUCGGUUUUGGAGCCCCAGUGCGUGCAAACAUAAGAGCUGGUGGUGUUACAAAUGCUGUUGUGGCAUCAUCUUUAAUGGAGACUGUUGAAAGUAGUGAUCUAAUUGCAUAUGGUUUGAUACCAGAAUUUGUUGGACGAUUCCCUGUUCUUGUCAGUUUGUUGGCUCUAACAGAAGAACAACUUGUUCAGGUCCUAACGGAGCCAAAAAAUGCACUAGGCAAGCAAUACAAAAAGAUGUUUCAAAUUAAUGGCGUCAAACUGCAUAUCACUGAAAAUGCUUUGAAAUUAAUUGCCAGAAAAGCAAUAAAUAAAAAUACAGGCGCUCGCGGCUUAAGAGCCAUCUUGGAGAAUAUCUUGAUGGAUGCCAUGUAUGAGAUACCAGAUGUUAGGACCGGUGAUGAUGUAAUAGAUGCUGUAGUUGUUGAUGAGGAAGCCAUUGGAUCUGAAGACCAUAGACAAGGAGCUAAGAUUCUUUAUGGUAAAGGUGCAUUAGACCGUUACCUUUCACGACAAAAAUUGAGGGACUCGGAGACAACUGUGGACGGAUUGGACGGGGAGCUGGAGGUGGAAGCAGAGCUUCGUCCGGUUGUUGCCAGUAUGUGAUACAUAUAUUGAUGAAUUGUAGAUGUAACUUGAUUGUACAUAAUAAGCUCACAUUGUUUUAAAAUAGAUUGUACAAUAUGCAUAAACCAUUUUAUGAUAUACAUGCAGUUCUUUAGUUGUA